AUGAGGAAAUGGACCUCAAAUGCUGAACAAAUUCUUAACGGUUUACCAGCAGAACAUCUUUUAAAUGAGAAGUUUUUAGAAAUUAAUGAUGAAAAUGUGGCAAAAACUCUAGGUAUACGCUGGAAUGCAAAACUUGAUGAAUUUUAUUUUACUACUUCCACAAUAUCAUUGAAGGAAAAUUUUACAAAACGGGAAGUUCUAUCCACUAUUGCCAAACUUUUUGAUCCAGCUGGAUGGUUAGGACCGAUAGUAAUUAUAGCAAAAAUAUUGAUGCAACAAAUUUGGAGUGAGGGAACUGAUUGGGAUGAAGUUAUUUCAAAAGAUGCUGGGAUAAAAUGGAGACAAUUUCUUGUUGAUUAUGAAUCAAUAAACGAUAUUCAUAUUUCUCGUUGGGUAGUAUUCAAACCUACGACGACACUUGAGGUUCAUGGGUUUUGUGACGCUUCUGAAAAGGCUUAUGGAGCUUGUAUUUACGUACGAGUCCAUAAUGGAGUUAAUGCAAUACAUUCGCAUUUAUUACUAGCCAAAUCAAGAGUUGCCCCUCUCAAGACUAUUUCGUUACCACGUCUGGAACUUUGCGGAGCUCUUUUACUAGCAGACUUAUUGGAAGUUGUUAGAAAAGAUUUAAAUUUGGAUCAAAAUGAGACACGAUUUUUCACUUGGAGCGACUCAAUGAUUGUUUUAGCUUGGCUUCAGAAGCCACCAAAUUCGUGGACUACUUUCGUUGCUAAUCGAGUUUCGAAAAUUGUAGCAAAAGAGUAA